AUGGAGCUGCAGCAGGACGCUCUGGACGAGGCCUUCCGCCGCCACAAGCAAUACUUUGAGCAGUUUCUCGAGAAUGAAGGUGGUUAUGGUAAUUACCCCGAGAAACUGAGCAGUAUGAUCCUCAAGAAGAGCACGCGAUUGGUCGUGAAUCUCAAUGAUCUCCGCGAAUACGACAGCUCGUUCACGGACCCGGCGGUAGGCGGCCAGGACAAUAUCGUGAACCGCUUACUGCGUAACCCUGCCGAGUUCGUACCUCCUUUUGAAGAAGCAGUAAAGGAAAAGGUCUUCAAUAUCAACAGUCAAUACGGAAGCAAGGAAGCAGACGCAUCGAAAGAUAUGCAGUUCCACGUGGGCUUCGAGGGAGACUUUGGCCACCACAAUGUGAAUCCUCGCGGACUUUUGGCUUCAUAUCUCACUCAAAUGGUGUGUGUUCACGGUAUUGUCACCAAGUGCUCAGCCGUACGCCCGAAGGUCGUUCGCUCUGUGCAUUACUGCAAGGAAACCAAUGCUAUUCUAUCCAGGGAGUACAGAGACAACACGUCCAUCACAGGAGCUCCAACGUCCAGUGUCUAUCCGACUAAGGACGAGAACGGCAACUUGCUGGAGACUGAGUUCGGGCUAUCCCAGUACAAAGACUACCAGAUGAUCAGCAUGCAGGAAACCCCGGAGACAGCGCCUCUGGGCCAACUUCCUCGCUCAUGUGAGGUUAUUGUCGAGAACGAUAUUGUGGACAAGUGUAAGCCCGGUGACCGUGUCCGAGUGAUCGGUAUCUACCGUCCACUUGGCGGUAACAGCACAGCGUCGUCCACUGCGGUGUUCAGGACAGUUCUCAUCGCCAACAACGUCCAACUCAUGGGCAAAGAAGUGAACGGCAUCGUCAUGCUACCUGAGGACUUGAAUAACAUCCGCGUGUUUGCUGAUCGUGACGACGCCUUUGAGAUGUUGUCACGCUCGAUUGCGCCGUCUAUUUACGGCCACGCAGAGAUUAAACAGGCGCUGCUGCUUCAACUACUCGGCGGAGUGGAGAAGAACUUGGAGAACGGCACACAUCUCCGUGGUGAUGUCAACAUCUUGAUGGUGGGAGAUCCGUCGACGGCCAAGUCUCAGCUGCUGCGUUUCGUGCGGACGAUCGCGCCUCUAGCCGUCAACACGACAGGUCGUGGGUCCUCCGGUGUGGGUCUGACAGCUGCGGUGACGAUUGAUCCCGACACGAAGGAGCGUCGUCUGGAAGCUGGCGCCAUGGUGCUGGCUGAUCGAGGCAUCGUGUGCAUCGAUGAGUUCGACAAGAUGAGUGAGGCCGAUCGUGUGGCCAUCCACGAAGUCAUGGAGCAGCAGACGGUGACUAUCGCCAAGGCAGGUAUCCACGCUACCUUGAACGCACGUUGCAGUGUCUUGGCAGCAGCGAACCCCGUGUACGGCCAGUACAACAAGAACAAGAAGCCGCAAGAGAACAUCGGACUGCCGGACUCUCUUCUGUCGCGUUUUGACCUGUUGUUCGUGGUGCUGGACCGUCUGGACCGCGGCGCAGACCGCAACAUCUCGGACCACGUGCUGCGUAUGCAUCGGUAUACUCGUCCGGGCCAGGAGGGCAUACCGUUGUCGUUCGAAGUGAGCUCUACAGACCACAUGGCACUGAUCGAUGAGAGCUCAAGUGGCAGGACGGACGGGGCCAAGAAGAAGUCGAUUUUUCAAAAGUUCGACCCUCUACUGCACGGCGGGUAUCAGUCUGCGUCGUAUGCUGGCAGUGGCAACGGCAUUCUGACGCUAGACUUCCUCAAGAAGUACAUUUAUUACGCUAAGACGCGCUACCAACCGGUGCUGACAGACGGAGCUAUCGAGCUGAUUUCGGAGGGGUACGCAGAGCUGCGGUCGCAGCAGAACGCGCGAACUUUGCCCGUGACGGCGCGUAGUCUGGAGACGCUGAUUCGUCUCGCUUCAGCUCAUGCCAAGGCGCGUCUCAGCAAGACAAUCGAAGCUGUGGACGCAGAGAAAGCCAUGUCGCUCAUCAGCUUCGCACUGUACCACGACGCGUCCGAACACUCGAACGAGGUCACAGCUCCGACACCAGAGGAGACACCGGAGCUCCCUGUGGCGGGCACGCAGAAGGCAUUGGCAGAGCUGGAGAUUGAGACGCCAGUGACGCCGGACAAGUCGAGGAAACGCGACCGUGGAGCAUGGAGUACUGCUACCCUUGCGGACGACGUGCUGAGUGUGUUGGCUGACAUGGGCAGCGACGCCAACGUGGACGACGAGAACGACAGUAUCAAACUGACGGACAUUCUGUCGCGACUAAAUGAUGGUCGAUCCAGGGGAGACGAAGUGCCUCGAGUCGAGUUAGAAAAGGUCCUGGUGGAUCUGGAAGAGCAGAACAAGGUCAUGUACAUCCAGGACGGAGACCCGAUGGUUAUGCUCAUUUAGCAAGCUCCGUGGAUCACUCUGCUAGGCUAUGAGGUUUUAUAUUUUGGUUCUGGGAAGAAAAAUUAAUCACGCAAAGACGUAUUCUGUGC